AUGAUAUCGUUAAGAAAGAUAAAUACAAUUAUUAUGAUGGCAAUGUUGCCACUAAGUUGUUAUGCAGGGGACCAUCAUCAUCAUCAUCAACAACAAGCAGUUUCAACCGUUUCUGUAGUCAAUGUUCCAACAAUGGUAUGUCCAAGUGGAUAUACUUUGGAUUCAAAUAGACAAUGUGUUGCUAGGGAGGAGGUGAUGCCAGAAAGAGUUUGUUUGAAUGGAGGUGAACUAACAAGUGACUUUAAUUGUUUGAAGACAACAAGUCCAAUUAUGAAAUGCCCAGUUGAAUAUACAUUAGUAGGUGAGAAUAUGUGUCAAAAGAAUAUUGAGAUUGAUCCAGUUGCAGUAUGUCCUUCUGGAUUCACUUUAACAGAUGGCCAAAUGUGUACAGGUUCAAAAACUGUUGCACCAAUCAAGAAGUGUAUGCAGGGAGUUUUGAAUGAAAUGCAAACAGAAUGUAUUUUGCAAAAGAGUGUGUCUCCAAUUAGCCACUGUCCAUCAUCUGAUUAUACUUUAGUUAGUAAUGAAAGAUGUGUAAGAGAAGUUUUGUAUGAUUGUACUCCAGCAGCAACAGCAAUACAAUAUACAACUUCACAUCAUGGACAUGGACAUGGUCACGGACAUCAUCAUCAUCAAACAAGCUAUGUAGUUCCCCAAGCUGUUGUUUCAAGAACAUGUUCAAGAACUGAGUCAGCCCCAGCACAAAUGAUGUGUCCAGAGGGAGCAGUCAAAAGUUUGACAGGAUAUGGAUGUUUAUAUACAUCAACAACUGAACCAACUUUAGGAUGUGCUAAUGGUUCAAUGGUUGCAAAUGGAGAAUGUGUUGAAGUUGUAACAGUUCCAGCAGAGUUAGAAUGUCCAAACCCAACACCAAAGCCAACAAAUGAGUUUUAUGAUGGUAAAUACUAUUCACUCAGAAAUUCAUCACAACAAUCUGUUAAGAAUCUUGGUUAUGGAAGUCAAUAUGUAUAUGAACAAGGAUCUCAAAACUUCAAUCAGCCAGCUGGUAUUAUUACUAGAAGAUUAGGAAAGAGAGGUGUUUCACAUCAUCAUCAUCAUGCAUAUUAUCCAAUUCAAACAUAUGUACAACAAACAUAUGUACAACAGCCAAUCCCUGUUAUCCAGGAAAUUCCAAGAAAGAAAUGCUUUGAGACUCAAACUGUUCCAGGUGAAUUAGGAUGCCCAAUUGGAUAUGUUGAUGGUGGUGAAAAAGGAUUAUGUAAAUCUAUUGUGCCAUCUUCAAUGAAUUGCCCAGCUGGAACAACUCUAAACUCUAAUGGUGCUUGUAUAAGAAAUAUUGUUGUUCAACCAACAAUGGCUUCACAACAGCAAGAAAUCAUCCAAACUACAAUAACUGGUGGACGUCAUCAUCAUCAUUAA